AUUAGUUAAACUAUAAUGACGGUACUGGUGUGGAAGGGUUUAUCUUGCUAGGGUUUGUGACUUGGGAUUCGAAGUCAAUCGGAAUCGGAAUAAUGGAAGAGAGGCACCCAACUUCAACUGCAUUGGAGUAUCUUAAUCCUUCGUACUGGGAUGAGAGAUUCUCGAAGGAGGAGAAAUACGAAUGGUUCAAAGAUUAUUCCCAUUUCCGUCACCUGAUUCAACCUCAUCUCACACCCCAUUCAUCUGUGCUGGAACUUGGAUGUGGAAACUCACAAAUGUCUGAAGACUUGUAUAAAGAUGGAACAACCAACAUAACAUGUAUUGACCUUUCAUCUAUUGCAGUUGACAAUAUGCAGAAACGGUUACUUUCCCGGGGACUCAGAGACAUAAAAGUGCUGCAAGCUGAUAUGCUAGAGCUACCUUUUGACGAUGAGUGUUUUGAUUUGGUUAUUGAGAAAGGAACUAUGGAUGUAUUGUUCGUGGACAGUGGUGACCCAUGGAAUCCUAAGCCUGAAACUAUAUCCAAGGUCAUGGCCACAUUGAAAGGUGUUCAUAGGGUUUUGAAAGCAAAUGGCACAUUUAUCUCCAUAACUUUUGGCCAGCCACAUUUCAGGCGUCCUAUAUUCAAUGCAGCAGACUUCAGCUGGUCUGUUGAGUACACUUCUUUUGGUGAAACCUUUCACUAUUUUGUCUAUGUUCUGAAGAAGGGACAGAGGUCAUCAUAUGAGGAUAUACAACUUAAGAGGUUCGAAGCACCACGCAUUAAUCUAUUUCAUGAAGAGUUAGAAAGUGAAGAUUUUGCUUUCCGAAUCAAUGUUGAUGAGUUGAACAAUUAGACUUUAUUUUAUAAAGUUUUUUUUGUCAAUUUUUAUUUCAUUUGCUUGUUGCAAUUUUGAUCCACUUACAUCAAAGGAAGAAUGUAUCUUAUUCUUAACUAUUGAGGCUUUAGGCAUACUGAUGUUGUACCAAAAUAGUAACUCUAGUUUGUUAAAAAGUAUAUGAUAUUAUGAGAGGUCUUAAUUCUU